AUGGCGACGUUCGCCAGUCUCCCAACCGAGCUUCGCCUCCAGAUCUGGCACCACGCGCUGCACGAAGAGACCCGAAGCCGCCUGAUCCUCAUUCUCGACGGCGGAGAUACCAUCCGCCUGGUACCAUACAAGAAACUCCUGUCGCCUUCCCUAUCGGUGAGCCGUCAGAGUCGCUCUGGAGUCGCACCAGUUCAACACGUACGAAUGCAGCGGGACGUGGCAGCCAAUACAAUCCACAACUUAUCCACUAAGUUCGCCGACUUCGCCGACAAGAGGUAUUCUCUACUGCGAUCCCCAGCGGGACGUCUUCGUCCGGAUCCGGAUUCGCACGAUUUAUGGCUCGGCGAUCUUCCAGGUGUUUCCCAUUCGCCGCACUCAGCGUGGAAAACCCCCGCGAAUAUUCGUGUCAGGUUGCUUGAGACGCUGGCAGUGUGCCUCGGUGCGCAGACUACUGACGGUCUACGUGGUGGCCUACGAGCCUCCGGGUCGGAGCUGUUGCAGCUUUUGCGAGAGGCUCAUUGA